AUGGCUCUAUCUGGCUAUUUUUCAAUCUGUGCCUUUUUGAUAUUAAGAGUGAUUUCAGUGAAUAUUGGCCAAUUUAUCGACGGAUACAGCGUUGGAUGGUCAGCGCCCAUCAUACCAAAGCUGCAAGAUUCACACCAAACGCCUUUGCCGAAUGUAGUGACAGAUUUAGAAGCUUCCUGGAUUGGUUCACUACUCUAUGUAGGUGCUAUAAUCGGUCCAUACAUACCGAGUUACCUCUCCAAUAUCAUAGGCAGGAAGCCAUGUUUGUUCCUCGGAGGAUUGCUCAAUUUGACAGCAAUCAUCCUCGUCGUGGUGACGCGGAACGUGACCACUGUUUACGCGCUCCGCAUAAUAAGUGGCAUCGGAAUGGGAAUGGUGACAGUCAGCAAUCUUGUCUACGUUGGAGAAAUUGCAUCAACACGCAUUCGCGGCAUACUUUUGACAUCUACGUCGAUUGUGGGCAUAACUGGCACUCUAGCGGCUUAUAUAUCUGGUUCCGUACUGUCGUAUGCUGGCACUGGUUACGUAGUACUAAUGAUCAACAUUAUUCACGUUAUUGGUAUAUAUUUUAUACCAGAGUCACCAGUUUAUUACGCUAUUAAGGGGAAACAAACAGAAGCCAAAAACACGUUGCGAUUAUUAGGAAGACUGGACGAUUUGGAGAACGUUUUCGACUCUGUCAAAGGCACCAAACCUACCGAGGCUAACAGUUGGAAGGCAUGGAUCAAGAUAUUUACAGUGAAGGCGAAUAGAAAGUCUUUGUUUAUAACAUUGACUUUGUGCACUUUGCAACAAACCAGUGGAGUGGCAGCUGUGUUGUUUUUUGCAACUACCAUUUUUCAAAUCGCUGGUUCUUCUAUCAGACCCGACUUGGCAACUAUUAUAAUUGGUACUACAAGACUAUUGUCGAGUUGCGUGGCCCCGUUUGUCGUUGAGAGAGCGGGUAGGAAGAUGCUUCUGCUCGUGUCAACCGCUCUAUGUGCUGUCAGUUUGUCAACGCUUGGUACAUAUUUUUAUCUAUCGAGAAUCGAGAGCAAAGUGCUAUCUGAAGUUGGAUGGCUGCCUCUAGCAGCACUUAUUAUGUACUUCUUCUUUUACGAGAUUGGCUUCGGCACAAUGCCCAGUGCGCUAGUUGGGGAGAUGUUCAGAGGAAACGCGAGGAGUACCGGCUCAGCCGUUGCCAUGACGACCGCUUGGCUCAUCGGUUUUGGCGUAGCCACCGGGUUCGGGAGCAUGGUCAAACUUCUGGGUGGUGACGUCACUUUUUGGACCUUCUCCGCGUCAUGCGUGGCGGCCUUCUGCUUCACGUACCGAUACGUACCGGAAACUAAGGGCAAGAACUUGAAUGAAAUACAGGAAGUAUUGGGCAGAUAAUUUGGGUUACUUGGAAAGAAGAAAGCGUUAAUAAAAACUUAAAAAAACAUAGUACCUACUAAACUUUAAAAUGUUUAAAAGUUGUGCGGUCAGGGAAUCUCCGUAAAAACGGAAUUAUUGUUUAAAAUUAAAUAUAGAUUAAUAAAUUAUACUUAUAAAAAAUAAAAACAUUGUAUAUUUAACCUUCCUAA